AUGCCUGGCCCACCACUGAUACUCGAGUGGUAUCGUUAUAUCUCUUCUAGACGACCACCAAGGCUCCGCAGAAUAGCAAAGCGAGCUCCCGUGUCGUCAAUCAAUCCGGUGCUUUGGAAUUCUGACAUGGGAGGUAUUUCCGGUCCAGAUAGCGCCAUAUUAUUGACCGAAGCCAUCGACGAGAUCAAGACGGUCAUCAAUGCGUUGGGAGAUCUGGCCAAGACUCUUGGAAACGAUAUUUGGGACCUAAUCAGAAAGAAAGUGCAGCUUUGGGACCUUUAUGAAGCGAGUAGGCAAGGACAUCGCCGACUUUGUCCUCGAGGCACUGCGAAAGAUAGCAGCCCACAUCAUCGACAAGGGUUCCCUGGGCUGGCGCUGCCCGUAUCGUCAAGCCCUUCUGAGAGUCUACAACUUACCACAUCGAUUCUGGAUGCAACCACCGGCUUCUGGGACUCUACCUUUGAUGGUGUUGGCCUGGGCGCCUACUCGACAGAUAUUGGUAUCAUCAACGGAGCAUUAGCGGCCGUCAACAUCAUUGUUAACCUUCCUCUGCCAUCUGAUCGCAGCGGCGUCCCUGGAAUCCCUCACAACAUUGUCGCCGUGGGUCUCGUCAUCUUUAGCAACGAGGUUUUUGUCGAAGACUGGCUCAUAACACGUCACGGGCGAGCUGACCGUAUGUACGUCGGUAUCCAGCAUGAGGUCUUUGAGCUUCUCGGCGCGGGCCUGAGCUCCGUGUCGGCAUGGACGAUGGAUAAUCAGCCGCAGGUUGCACUAGCGGCAGAAACCCUGUUGAUCGCGUACCGGAGCGACGGCGUCAACCUCACAGUCGUGAAUGGUGGCCCUGACAUCCAGGUUAUGGUCAAGGGCAGAGACGGCGUGACGCAGCUGAUGAUGAUCCCGAACCGUCAGUGGGUGACGGAUGUUUCUGGACCCGAGUUUGCAGAAUUGGCAUUCGGAGAUGGCUUACCAGAGAAGAAGCAACUAAAGCCUCCAAUUCUGAGAAAGGAGUCAGGAUUGCCUAUGCUGAAAAGAGAGGUUAAGGUGGAAGUUGUCGAGGGCUAG